GCCAAGGGGUAUCGAUCGAUUUGGGUUGUCGCACAGGAUGUUGGGUUAGGGUUAGCGACUUGAUCCCGAUCAUCCACCAUGGCACCCUUCAUUGAAACAGUCAAGUCGUUCGACCAAGUCCUCAUCACCGAUGCUGGUGUUGAUACUCUUGCAUUCCUCGAAGCUGCGGAUGGUGUCGUCCUCAUGCUUAAGGAACUCACUAGCCUCAUGAGCUCCGUAGGUUCAAAGGCUUUCUCGCCUGUCAUCAGCGAUAUCCAGGGUAACAUCAAGAAAGUCCGUGACCGGUACAAUGCAGCCCCGUCACUGUCUGCGACGCUGGAGAAGCUAGUGUCUAAUGAGAAUAAUAACAAAGUGGGGAGUGCAACGGAGGGCCUCAUGUGGCUUCUCCGUUCCCUCGCGUUCACUUGCAAAUCCUUUCAACAAGCACAAAGCAACCCAUCAGACGAACUCAAAGUCUGUUUCACGAAGGGAUACGAUGUCACUCUCGGACCUAUUCACCGCGGCGCGGGGUUUUUCAGCGUACAUGGCGCUAUGAUGAAAGCUGCAGGGUUGAUGUUCAACACCGCUAUUGGAUAUUGCCCGCCCCGCAAGAACUUUUAUGAGAAGCUCGCAGCAAACCCAAGCGGAGAGCCAUGCCCGCAGGAUAAGCUUGAAAAGGCGCUCAACGAUUGGAUUACUGCCCUAGAUACCAUCAUCUCGAGGAUGGACGCGUUCUACACGAAGGGGAAGCAUGGAGAGAUAUACAAGGCUGCAUCAUAGAUCAGCAUAUCGGCAAUAACCACUUGUGCAUCAUGCAUUGUACUGAUAUAUCUGUUCGCAUAUUUCUACAUCGGCGGUGUCUUAUUGUCUUGAACUGGACUCUUCAGAGGAAGAUGAGAUUGAGGAUACCUCCAUCUCUAUCUCUCUACCCGGAGCAUUGAAUCGAAGUCUCUGUGCUUAUCAAGCGAGUCCAGUCAAUUUACUGUGAUACAUUGAUAUUCCUGCACCACGCCGUUCUCUCUAUCCAAGCGUAGUGGAGUCACAUCGGU